UAAAGAGGACUGCCCCGGAGGACCUCCGCCAUGAAGAAAGGAGAGGAGUUGGGAUCUGUAGUGAUAAAGUUUGACCACUAGAUGGCGCUAGCUCAUCUGUCUCCGAGUCCGAUACUAGCACUGCUGCAGCAACUGUUUUACCCGGAGGUAGAACUUGUCCGGACACAACACAAAAGGAAAGCAGGAUGGCGCGGGCAGCUAAGAGUGCGGUGGUGCUGUGCAUGGAUGUGGGCUUGGCAAUGAGUCAUUCUGUCAAUGGAGAAGAGUCACCUUUUGAGCAAGCCAAGAAGGUUAUGAUGCUGUUUUUGCAGAGACAGGUUUUCGCAGAGAGCAAGGAUGAGACCGCUGUAGUUCUUUUUGGCACAGAAGGCACUAAAAAUGCCCUCGCAGAUGGGGAUCAGUAUCAGAACAUCACAGUACAACGGCACCUGAUGCUUCCAGACUUUGAGCUUUUAGAGGAAAUUGAAAGCGUUCUAGAGCCAGGCUCUCAGCAGGCAGACUUCCUGGAUGCUCUUAUUGUUUGCAUGGACAUACUUCAAAAAGAGACUUUGGGAAAGAAAUAUGAAAGACUGCACAUUGCUGUGUUAACAGACCUCAGCAGUCCUUUCAGUGAAGAUCAGCUUGAGAUUAUCAUUGCAAACCUUAAGAAAGCUGGUAUCUCCCUUCAGUUCUUUCUGCCCUUCAAUGUAGAUGAUGGAGAUGGCAGCGGGGACUGGAGCAGUGGAGGAGGGGAUGCAGCAAGCUCAGAUGGGUGCAGGGGACCUGGCAAAGGUCUGUCUCAAGAGCAAAAAGAUGGUAUACAGAUGGUGAGGAAGAUCAUGUUUUCUCUGGAAGGUGAAGAUGGUCUUGAUGAAGUCUAUACUUUUAGAGAUAGUCUGGAGAAACUUUCGAUCUUCAAGAAAAUUGAGAGGCGGCCGAUGGCCUGGCCCUGUCAGCUUACGAUAGGGUCCACUCUUUCCAUACGCAUCGUGGGAUACAAAUCUAUCACAGAAGAGAAAGUAAAGAAGAGUUGGACUGUUGUAGAUGCCAAAACUUUAAAGAAAGAAGAUAUUCAAAAGGAUACUGUUUAUUGUUUAAAUGAUGAUGAGGAGACAGAAGUGGUUAAGGAUGAUACUAUCCAAGGGUUCCGCUAUGGAAGUGACAUUGUACCUUUUUCUAAAUUGGAUCAGGAUCAGAUGAAAUACAAAGCAGAUGGGAAAUGUUUUGCUGUUCUGGGCUUCACAAAGUCCUCACAGAUACAGAGAACUCAAUAUUUGGGAAACCAGGUUCUUAAGAUAUUUGCACCAAAGGACGAUGAGGCUGCAGCUGUCGCUCUCUCUGCACUGAUUCAUGCACUUGAUGAGAUGGACAUGGUUGCCAUAGUUCGCUAUGUAUAUGAUAGACGCUCUAACCCCCAGGUGGGAGUGGCCUUCCCCUUUAUCAAGGAAAAGUAUGAGUGUUUGGUGUAUGUUCAGCUUCCGUACAUGGAAGACCUGAGGCAGUACAUGUUUGCGUCAUUGAAGAAUAAUAAGAAAAUUGCUCCAACAGAGACGCAGCUGUCUGCAGUGGACUCCCUUAUUGAUAGUAUGAGCUUGCUGUAUGAUGAUGGAGAAAACACAGAGGAUAUAUUCAAACCCAGCAAAAUACCAAACCCUCAGUUUCAAAGGUUAUUUCAGUGUCUGCAACACAAGGCUUUCCACCCCGAUGACCCUCUGCCUCCCAUUGACCCGCAGUUACUGGCUAUGUUAGAGAUUCCAGCAGAUAUCAGAUCCAAAUGCAAGGCUCCAUUAGCCAAGGUAAAGGAGAGCUUUCCACUGCAGGAGGCCAGCAAAAGGAAAGAGCAGAAAACUGGCCAAGAUAUUUUCCAAGACAAACGCGAAGAACCUGAAACUAAGAAAGCUAAAGGAGAAGAUGACAAUUUUAGCCUCUCACAUCUGGCUGAUGGGAAUGUCACUUCUGUUGGGAGCGUAAAUCCAGCUGAAAACUUCCAAGUUUUAGUGAGGCAGAAGAGCGCAAACUUUAAGGAAGUGAGCAAUCAGUUGAUAAAUCGUAUCUAUGAAUUCCUUGACACAAAGCAGUCCCAGUACUACAUGAAGAGUAUGAGCUGUAUUAAGGUUUUCCGGGAAGAGGCCAUAAGGUUUUCCCAGGCCCAGAUCUUUAAUGACUUCCUCCAGUUGCUGAAAGACAAGGUACAAAACAGCAUUUUGGCAGAGUUUUGGGAUGUUGUAAGUCAAGAUGCCAUUUCUCUGAUUACCUGUGAAGAAUCGAAAGGCAGCUCAGUGACGUCUGAAGAAGCAAAACUGUUCUUGGUCAACAAAGAUAAGAAAGCAGAAGACGUGCCAAUGGAUGAUGACCAAGGAGAUGUAGAUGAUUUGCUUGACUUAAUUUAAGUCACAGCCUUAAUUUGGAUGAACUUUGAAGAGCAAAGCACUUACUCUGGUGUUCCAGGAGUCGUUACCAAUUUUGUCAAAUUGCCUACAGUAGCUUUUCUUAAAUUACAUUGUUCUAAACUCCGGUUCUACAAGCAUUCUCUAAAGUGAAGACUUGUCGAUUUAUUUUCUUUAUAAACAUACUUUGUAUAUAAUAUGAUAUAUCUCUAUGUAUAAAGUCACAGCAUUACGAUUAUUCCAUUGUUUUGGCAAUAAAACAUUUUAUUAGUUAUGUAAGAAAAUAUAUUGAUCAUAGUUUGGAAUUUCCAUGCUUUUUACAGUUUAAAUGGAAACGUAAACCCUGGCAUUACGUUUAUUUGCCACUGAAUAUAAUUACAUAGUAGUCUUAUUAAAGUGAUGGUAAACUCUCCCCUUUAUAAAAUCAGAUCUGGAAUGUAAGCGCUAUUUUAGAUGGAGUUUAAUUCAUUAGCUGUAAUGAAGAUGCAGUAUAACAUGCUUUUUAAUAUAGAUAUGAAAUUCAAAUACUGCAGGCUCCUCCGCCCACUUCAAAAGUAAAAUUCUUUGUGAGCUAACAGAUUGAAUUGUUGUUAAAUCAGCGCUCUCCCCAUAUGGCACUUUUGUUGUAGCUAGAGCAUUGAUUGGAAAGUAAUUCAAUCAUUUAGCCGACAGGAAAAUUGACUUUUGAAGUGGGUGGUGUAACGUGGGGUAUUUGAAUUUCAUAUCUAUAUUAAUAACUAAGUUAUAGCGCAUCUUCAUUGCACAUGAUGAAUAAAACCC